UCAAAAUCAAUACCAGUCUCACUCACCUUGACAUUUUAUUUUAAAUUAUAUUCCUUUUUCCGCUAUGAACUCCAUGGAACGGUCUUCAACACACCUUUUGAAACCCACUUCCACCCAGAGUUUAAAUUCACUUUCAACCUCGACGGUAGACCUGAGGAGUCGCGGUCAGAGAUGGCCAUACGAUGAGGACGUGAUGUCACGGCAUUCUCGUGCGGACCAAGAACAGCAGGUGCUGGAGGACAUAAUGGCCUUCGAGAGUCGCCUGAGAGAGAUGGGCUCUGACAGCAGCAGGCCACGUGACUCCUAUUGGGUUCCAUUCUUAGGAACGAUAUGUGCCUGUACAGCGAUCAGUGCCUGCCACUGGAUGCCGAGAGUUCGAGACAGUCAGUCCAUAGUUCUAAGGAGCCUCUCCAGUCGCGGUGCCUUCACCAUAUCCCUAGCCACUCUCGUCCUGACCGUACUCUUUGGCGUUAAGCAUAUUGUUGAUAGAAAGCGCAACGGAGCUGCGGAACUCUCAGGCGAUACUCUAACCCUUUUCCAGCUGGAGCGCGAUAAGAAAGGAGAGCUUGUGGGGAUCUCGAAAAACUGAUUAUCUUCAAUGCCACUUAACUCACAGUGAUCAAUAGCCAAUUUCGGAGGCAAACUACAAACAUGAAGAAACAAAAAAGACAAAUCAAAGCAGAUUCAACGGAUAUAAAUUGCAUUGUUUCGAAAUAAAAAUGGAGACCGGCUUAAUAGAACUCCACAUAUCUACCAGAUACUUUUAUUAAGUUUUGGAAUCACUUGGAUAAAUCGUAACAGCAAAGAAGAAAUAGCUGGAAACAAACCGAGCUUUCCAGCGGCAAUAAAUCUGGGAAAAUGAUCAAUGCCAUGGCAGCAUCCCCGGUUCGUCGAAGAACUCGCAGAGGUGAGAAAUAUUAUGGAACCGCUUCUGUGGGGUUUAUCUACAAGGGCGGCAUCAUACUGUGCGAGGACUCAAGAGUCACCCAGGGCAAUAUCCUUCGAUCGCAAAGCAUGAUAAAGGCCUUCCCUGUGAGUAAUCAGAUCGUGGCCACGGUGGCCGGCCGUCCUGCGGAAUGCUCCUUUUGGAUCCGUACUCUGGCCUGGGAGUCCGGCCUUCACGAGUUAAAGCACAAUGAGCCGCUGCCUCUCCUAUCCGCGGCCACAUUUAUCAGCAAUGCGGCAAUGGAUGAAAAGAUGAAUGGCCACAACCUCGGUAUGGGAAUGAUACUGGCCGGCAAGGAUGUAUCUGGACCCGGUUUAAUCCGCAUCGAUUGCGAGGGCUUCAUCUACCAGGGCUCUGUGUUCGCCAUAGGCAGUGGUUCGGAAAGUGCUCUUGGUGUCCUGGACGAUGGCUUUCACUACCAUCUCAACGACAAGGAGGCCUAUGAUCUUGCCUAUCGCGCUGUCUACUAUGCCGGCUUGGCCAGUGACACCACGGGUGGUGCGGUGAGCCUGCAUCAUUUUAACAAAACCAACUGGAAGACGGUGGGGAUUAUAGACUGCCAGAGACUGCACAACAAUUUCACAUUGGGUCUGAAUUAUGCUGGAGAGGAGAUUGAAGAUAUGGAAUUAAUACCAUCCAAACGAUUCAGGAUGGCAUGAUGAAAUUCUUUACUUUAAAUAUCUUUCUUGUUCUCUAUGUUUAUUGCACUAUUUCGCAAACAUCCAAAUGCUCAUCUCUUGGCCAAAUUAUGUUCCAGAAAAAACAGGGUCAAGCUGAGAGAAAUAUAAACAGAGAGAGAUGAGCAUCCACA